AAAAGACAGGAUGAGAGCUGAAGAUUUUGAAAGCCCGUUUGAGGCCGUUAAUAUCAAAAUUAACCAUAGUUUGGAUGCGCCUCCAGAUGCUGAUUGGUACCAUGGUCGCCUUGACCGCCAGACGGCAGAAGAUCGAUUGAAGGCAACCAACGAGUAUGGAAGCUAUCUCAUCCGUGAGAGUGAUCGGCGCCCUGGAUCCUAUGUCUUGUCCUUUUACGGCAAGACGGGGAUCAAUCACUUCAGGAUCACUGCUAUGUGUGGUGACUUUUACAUCGGUGGUCGGCAAUUCGCCUCGCUUAGCCAGCUGAUUGGAUAUUACUCCAGUUACUCUGAUCUCCUCAAGGGAGAGAGGCUCAAUUGUCCAGUGGCGCCACCAGUGCCCGUGGAUGACCAGAGGAGGGUCAUAGCAACACUCCCAUACAAGGGCAUCAUUGAUACAGAUGAACUAGACUUCAUGAAGGGCGAUAUCUUUAUUGUUCACAAUGAGUUGGGCGACGGUUGGCUGUGGGUGACGUCACAGAGGACCAAUGAGAGUGGUAUUGUCUAUCACGGCCUCUUGGAAGAGCUGAAUAGCGUCGAUCCUAUUGAAACCCUCGAAUAUUUCCACAGCGACAUUACAAAGGAGGAAGCAGCUGAAAAACUCGCUCUUACUGGUCAGUGUAGCUUUCUCGUGCGACCAAGUGAUAACUCUCCCGGUAACUACUCCCUGUUCUUCCUCUGCCUACAAAAGGUGAAUCGAUUCAGGAUCGAAAAAGUCGGCCGUCAGUUUUUUAUGGGAGGUCGAUAUUUUGACAGCAUCGCUUCGAUUGUUGAGAGAUACAAAAAGGAAGAAAUUGUUGAAGGAUAUACUCUCCUCCAGCCUGUUCAGCGAGAGCGUUACUUCGUUCAUGACAAUGAUGAGUUCGACAAUAACGACAGCGACUCGAUCUACGCGUCCAUCAAGAAAAGUUCCGGACCAAAUUUCUUUUCCAACAGAAAUGACAGGAUAAUACUCAAGGGUUAUAUAAACAAAUCUCAGAAAGUUUCCUUUUCAGCUAAAAAGUGGAAGACCAUGUACUUCAUCUUGAACGGGACGGAACAACAGAUAUAUUUCUUUGAGAGUGUUAAACGCUCACGACCAAAGAGUUUGAUUGACUUGAAUUACACGUCCCUUUACCCUGUACACGAGAGCUUCUUUGGAAGACCGCACUGUUUCCAGUUAGUCGUCCGUGCCUUGAAUCACCAUGAAUCGCCCCAUUAUCUUUGUGCCGACUCAUCAGAUGAGGCUGCAGAAUUCAUCCAAGCACUCCGGCCCUUCUGUGUCAAUACGCAACAGAGGAAUAAAGAUAAACCAAUUAAAGAGUUGUGGAGCCUAACCAUAUGCAUUUCAGAGGCCCACAACUUAUCCGUGAAACAGAUCCCCCAUCCAUAUUGUGUAAUAUCGUUAAACGAUAUCAGAGUGUGCCGGACGCAGGUUAAGGAGUCCCCUAAUCCUGUGUGGGAUGAAGAGUUUGUGCUUGAGGAUCUACCUCCGGAUGUGGACAAUUUCAAGGUGACCAUCUUCAACAAAUCUAAAAGGUCUAAGGACACAGAAGUGGUUCAAAUGUGUCAAAUGCUGUCUGAAAUCCAAGAAGGUGAGAUGGUGGAAGAAUGGUUUAACCUCGCCCCAAUCGGACAGCAGGGCAAGGGUGAGGCCCAGGGAACGUUGAGAGUAAAAUGCCGCUACAGACACGAGAUUGUGAUGCCCAUAGCUGAGUAUAGUGGUAUGAUAGAGCUUCUCCUAGCCAAAGAUCUCGAGGUGGUCCUAGCUCUGGAUUGCCUGCUUCCCAAAUGUGGCUACGACAGGAUCCCGCUCGCUGAAGCCUUGCUACGGAUUUUCCGUCAUGAACGCCAGGAGGCGCUUCUGAUCAAGACGCUGAAUGACUUGGAAAUACAUAGGGAAGACACAGUCUCCACCCUAUUCCGAGGCAACUCCUUGGCCACCACCUUAAUGGAACAGUAUAUGAAGAUGACUGCAUCGGGCUUCGUUCACGCAGCUAUCAGGGAUUCGGUGCAGUCUAUUGUGGACAACAAACAAUGUUGUGAGUUGAAUCCGCACAUGUUGGGUGAAAACCCAGGAGAAGCUGUGACGAACGCCCAGCACCUCCUUGACAUCCUGAGCCUCGUUGUUGAAGAUGUCUUCGGCUCUACGGAGCAGUGUCCUGAUGUGCUUCGCUACAUCUGUAGAUGUCUACAGGAAAGUGCCAACGCCAAAUGGGAGGAUGAGAACGUGCGGACGCGUGUCGUCAGUGGGUUUAUUUUCCUACGGUUGUUGUGUCCAGCGAUUAUCAAUCCCCGGAUGUUCAAUCUCAUCACAGAGACUCCGUCAGACGUUGCCGUAAGAACGCUGAAACUUGUUGCCAAGUCACUUCAGAAUCUGGCGAACCUGGUAGAAUUUGGUGCUAAGGAGCCGUACAUGGGUGUGCUCAAUCCCUUCAUUGUCACAAACAAAGAGAGGAUGGUCACAUUUCUCAAUCGACUAUCAGAUGUACACGAUAACCCGAUAUCAAAUGAGCCAAUCUCUGGGUCGAUAGCUCGUGAUCUAGCCACGAUCCAUCAGAUCUGUGCUUCUCAUCUUACAGACCUCAGCAACAUGGCUCAAAUUCAGCCUAAACUCAGGCCGAGUCUGAAAAAGCUCAUCACCGUCAUCACCAUGUUGUCCAAACACAAAGAACGCUACAUGGAGGAGACGUGACACACACAGCGGCGGUGGAAACCACCUGACAUUCUUCCACUCCUCUGUAUGGUACUGGCGCUGAUCUUCUACUGCCUCGAUCAAUGUUGGUCUCUUGUUGGUCGCUUCUAGAUGAUCCCAGCCUUUGUUGGUGAAACUCUCCUCGCUGAUGCCCUGCAAUCGCUAGGGAUUUUAGUUCUGCUUGAAACGUGCUGAAUAGGGGAAUCCUGGAUUCGAAUUUUGUUCUGCUGAACUGUACUGCAGUGGAGGUACAUGCCCUGAUUUGUUCAUGAAUAUUUGACAUUCUGUUUUAACUGUCCUAAAGUCUAAUUUCACGUGAAAAUAGCACUCGACUUUUUUGGGAUUUCACGCAGAAAAUGCAGCAGUUGAAAGAAAUGUUAUAUCUCAUCUGAAACUUCAAAGUCUGAAGUAUUUAAAAAUUCGUUUUUGCCAGAAUCGGACAAAGCAUGACCACUGAUGAGCCAUUUAAACAAAUACUGACAGCAUUUGCCAGCGAUUUUAGGCUUUUUGCGUGCAGUGCCGUUUGUUUCGUGAAAUGGAUAGUGAUAGGGAUUCGUGCACCCUGAUGUUGUUGAAGUUGUCUUUAUGUAUCUACGAUACUUGAACUUUGCGGAAUUGGGGUUCUAUGGAUGUGUCCUGAUUUUGUUUAUGAAUUCUAUUCAUGUUGGGUUUAUCAUUCUCCUUGAACUAUGCUGAAACAGGGUUCUGUGGAUCCUUUUUUGUUCUCGUGGGAUUUUUCGCUAGAACUGUGCUGAAUUGGGAAAGUGCAAAUAAUUUGACACAUAGAUGAGUUGUUUUAACAUAGGUUUCUAUACUUAACAAAAUCACAAUGUAUUCUGCACAUAAUAACUUCAGACAUAUGUGGGACAUUGUUUAUAUAACAGAUAACACCAUUACUAAGAUUAGACAAAAAUUAAUAUUUAUUGUGUUGUAAACUGAAACUGUUUUGACUAUGGCACACACAACUAGUGAGAUUACUGUACAUGACGUAUCAAAAAAAUUAAGGUAUAAGUACUUGGCAAAAACCAGGUUAUUUGAUGUUUUCAUUUACAGGGCGAUAAGAUGGCUGGAACUGUCCAAUUUUGGCUCAGAAGGACUUUAUCCUUAUUUUGGCACUGAAUUUGUUGACCAAUACUUGAGGCAUAAGUAUGAUGUGGCAUAAUAUUUCAGUAAUCCUGGCAUAAGAGGCAUUUGUUGUCUUUCUGAAAUUUUGCAAACUCUGAAUUGUAGCAGCUGCAAAUAUUUGCCGGUUAUAGUACUCUAAGGGUUAAUCAACUUCUGUAUACAGGUGCAACACAGUACUUAAUAGUGUGCUACGUGGAUAUCUUUCCUGGAUCAGCUUCAACUUCCUACAUUGCUGUGAAUUGUUGCAACACUGAUUUUUUUUAACCAAAAUCAUUAUCCAAACAACAACAAUCACAUUGUCAGACAGUUAUGUCGGCUAUUACGCAGUGUCUGUGCAAGAUCGGGUCAGAUUACCGCAAGUGCUAAAUUUACCUCAGUUUUGGCAGAGUUUCUUAAAGAUGCUUUGCCCAAUGAAAGAUUUGAAUUUUUCUGUGUUUUCUGUAUAUCCCUGUAGAAGAAUUUUAACUAAGCUACUUAAUUGAUCAUAAGACAUCACAGUAUCAUAUGUUUUGCUUGAAAUUUUAAUCAACUUAAAGGAUUGAGAUUAUGGAAUUCGAUAAGUAGUUAUCUUUAACAAUGGCAGUAUACCAAAUUAUACACGAGUACAGAGUGCCUUUAAUACACGUACUUGUACCUGAUCUAAGUAUUGAAUAAUUCCAUCGGAUGAUCUUUCUUAUUGCAUAUUGCAUUAGUUUGUGCUAAUGAGCUACUUAUUGGGAGUGGCUCUCGACCUGGCCUAAAUACAUUUCUCAUUAGUGACGUGUGAAAAAUCACCUGAAAAACCUGUGUGGGAACAAUGAUUUGAUUAGGUUUUUAGGUAUUGUGUGUCAUAUGGUCUGUUUUAUCUGGAUUUCAUUUAACCAGUACAGUACUGAAGCAUGUAAAAAAUUGUUUCCUUGAUAUGCCCAUGAACCAUUUUGCUGGUCAAGUUCAUCGUGAUCAUCUCACACAAUCAACCCAGAAAAUCCAUGCGGCAUUUGAGACUUCUCGAAUAGGGUACCUAUUGUUCUGAUGACUGUGCUAUUAGACCAUUUAACAUUUAAGCCCAGUGAGUUAAUAUGUGUUCUAAAAGGCCUUGGUGACAGCUGAAUAUCAAUGUGUGUUGGAAAAUAUAUAAGGUCUCAUUUUGAUUGCAGUGGUCUGUAUGUUACAAUGUUCACGGACUGCGGAGGCUUUUAACCCUUUCACUGCGGGUGAUGUGCAUAGCACGUCAUGUGCAUAGGCCAAUGUCAUGCGGGUGACGUGCCUAGCACGUCGUGACCUUCAAAAAUAUCAAUUCACCAGCACUGGGUCGCAACCUCUCUAAAUACGCCAAACGCUCACAGGAAUAAUCAGUUUCAUGCUAAUACUGAAGAUGGCGACACUUUCAAAUAGUUUUGACUGUUCAGUUGAUAGUUAGCUGCCCAGUUUAUAAUUGGUAUCGCCUGUCAGCUAAAAAAUGGCUGCCACAGUGAAAGGGUUAACAGCAGAAAGGGAAAGUCAUAAAUUUCCGCCACCUAAUUCUGAUAAGAUAUGAUUUUGCUGUUGUUGUUUACUGAUUAGAUAACACCAUUUGGCUUUGUUCCCAUGGCCCUCGAUAUUAGCUGUAGUUUAUUAUAAAAUAUGGCGAGUCUCAUUUGGGUAAUCAAAAUUGUUCUUCUUUAUAAUCUAGUUCCUGAUUGGGGAACAUACUCUUUCAUAAUUGUCAGUCGAGAGCAAAGAUAUCAAUCAGUGUCCGUUAGAUAACAAGAGGUUUGAUUACUGGUGGAUGAAUCUUCAUCAUAGUGGAAUUACUGAUCACAUGACUGAGAGCAUUGCAGUUGCAUAAAAUCAUGAUCUUGUUGAUGCUUACAAUGUACGUCAAGAUCAAUAUACAUCGUGCAAGGUUGCCCGAGAAGAGGUAUUAUCAUAUGAUACACAAUGUAGAAGAUGGCGAACUCUCAUCAUUUUGAAAUAUUUUUGGAAAGGAAACCUUUCUUUGUGUCUCAAGGGAAAAUACUAGUACGGUGUUGCUUUACUUUCAGUGUGUUCGAGUACUUAAUCAGAAUCGUGUUCACCACUACCCGGCAUCAAUCAACAAAUUUGUCAAGCCCACCUUUAUUUGUAAGGUGCGUAUUACGGAUGCUUGGCCCACCGUUUCCAUAAGUGUCUACAUUAUGUCCAUUCAUAGCACUAUUUUGUAAAAGUAACCCAGUCAGUGUUGGUGAAGUUUUCGGGUAUUUCUGACUCGUAUACAUGAACAUCAUUGUAGUGUAAUAUGUGUCAACAGAUUAUAUGAUGUCUGAAACAUACAUUGAUGUCACCCUUGUGCCUUUCUUGUGAACGUUAGCCUGGUUUUGUAUUGUCGUUCCUGUUUUCAGACCAAUGUCUGUCCAAGAUAUGAUCAAACAGCUGUUUACUCUUCCCUUUAGGGGUGGUAUGGUAAAGCGCAGCGCAAGUGUUGCUUGACUCGGUCAAGUGCUGCUGUCUUAUGGAGGAAAAUUGGCUGUUACAGUACAUGUAAAGUGAAUUCCAAUUAAAGCUUUGAAAUUGAUGCACCACAGCUAGUGAAAAUGUUUGAGGCAAGCUUUUUAUAUUUUUGCUGCCAGUUACCAUAGAAAUCAUUAUGUUUUAUGAAGUAGGUAAUCUUAUUGCUGAUUUCUGUAUUUGGUUGGCCAUCAUAACAUCAAAGAUUCAUGCACUCCCAAAAUGGUGACAGUAUCACUCAACAGUGAGGUAUCAAUUCCUUAAACCAUGUUUUGCAUGAAGCUUGUAAAUUUUAUAUUGCGAUGACCAAAAAUACAUUGAAAUCUGUUAAAUGAGCUCCCUUUAAGUUUAUGUUGAGUUAUGUUUUAGGGGUGGGACUUGAAGCGCUGCAGAAAUGUUAGUUUUUGUUAUCACUUAUGUUUUAUUGUUCACAACACUGAUAACGUUUGCACUAUCAGGCCAGACCAAUAUAUUUCUUGAGUAGUUGCAAAUGACAUGCUGCGUCAAUAAUGCAAUGAAAAAAAACUUGUAGUAACAUCUAAACCCUCUUCUAUACUCCAUUCACAAAUUGAGGCACUGCACGCAUCAGCAAUAUGAGUCUCAGCUCCUUUGUUACUAUUCAAGAAUGUUUGGUCUUGCCUUGGUUAUCUAUAUUUUCAAACUUAUCACGCGUUAAAAGUGCUGUGCAAGGCAAGAUAAAAAUACUAAUUUCUGUUGUCAUUUCAUUAUUUUGGAAAACAUGAAGGAAAAAAAAUUGUGUAGUAACAUUUUUACAAUGCCUGAGGAAUAACAUUUAGCAACUUUAUUUGGGCAGUUUCUCUGCUAUGGUAAAUCAAAAUUACCACCAAAUUUAAAGACUUUCGGACAAGGCCCACUAGUAGAAUUGAUUGAAAUGUUAGUUUACGUGAGACGAACCACAAAAAGAGGUGUGGCCCCAAAAGAGAUACAGGUUGGUACAGAAUGAAUCAAAUAUGUAAAUAGCAUUUUUUAUGUCGAGGGUUUUUCCCUUAAUAGUGACUAGUGAAAUUGGUCAGUGUUCGAAAGAUUAUCACUACUGUAUUCAUGUCAGUUCACCCACCCUAAGUACCUACUGAGAGAUCGAAAGUGUCCGUUCUUUGUUUGAUGUCUUGCGUUGUGUGGUCUUCCAAUUAUCCCACUGGUUCUUGAACAGAUUCAUGUUAGCUUUGGGUGCUGUGUCCGUCAACCAUAUCUGCUAAAAUCUUUAUCAGCUUGAUUAUGGUCGACCGCUUUCCAAAGCUACCAUGGGUUGUUCUAAUGUCGUUCCCUAUCUAAACCUGGUGCUAUAGGUGUUCGUAAAUGAUGACUUUCGCUUAUUUUCGUUUAAGUUUCUGUUCUAAAAUGUUCCAAGAUAUACCACCAAAUAAUGGUUCAAACUUUGAUUUUGAGUUCCAUCUAAACAACCAUUGUGUAAAAAGUUUCUCUGACCUGAGUCUCAUGUGUCUCACGGUCUAUUGCGUUCAAGACAAAGAGUUACCUCCCUCAUAUCCAGUUUCAGGUUUUGCUUCAAUUUAUACAUGUUCCAAUGAUAAAACCAUUAAGUUGAACAUUUUCGCAUCGCUGAAGUUCCCCCUCUCGAAGAAUCAUGAAAAUACUAGGCUCAGGUUUUACAGUAUUCAGCUGAAAAUUCUGCAUUUGUUCAGUUCACCUAUCAUAGGUCAAUUUAAAACUUAAUGAAAAUCAGUUCUGUGUCAUGUUUUUGGCCACUGUUAAGUACAUGUAUUCUCUUCUACAUUGUAGUAUUUCAACGUGUUUGCCUCUCCUGAGAAGUGAAACAUCUUUCUCGGACAUGCUCUUCAGAUUAUUACCAUUGACGUUGUCACGAUUAUUUUGUACCCAAUAAGUAUUAUCAAUAAGGAUGUACCCUGUUCAAUCAGGAGUAUAUCAUUUGCUGGUACCAUCACCUCUUUACCCGGUUGAAAACAAACUUGUCUCAAACAGCAAAAUUUGCAAUCGUUUUGGAGUUUUUUGAUCGGCUGCUAUCCUGUACCAGUUUUGUUUGCUGCCCUGAAGGUUGUGGGUGUCACAUAUUCGGUCAAAACAUAAGCUAAUUCAUCAAAAAUUCUGUGGUUAUCAUUUGGGUCAAGUACCUUUGAAAUCAAUGGUUAAUUUGAAUAAACCUACUUUAGUUUUGUACAGAAAGAAGGUCUGGUGUAAAUUUACAAUGUAGUUUUCAUAAAAGCAUUUACUGGUUUUUGUCUGCCAAUAUCAGUGUUUGACGUGCGACUGAUUUAGCAGGGUGCAUCCACUCUUAACAGCUUUUUCUCCCUCAUUCAAAAUUUGUUUUUCUUUGAAUGAACCUUAAGUGUACAUAGUGGUCUGACCAAGUUUUACAUGAAUAAAUACAGUAUAUUCUUGAACAUA